ACGACGCUCGCGCACAGCGUCGACCGCUACGGCGGCGUCAUCGUCGACGCGGACGCGCUCCCGGACACCGCCGACGCGUUCGCCGCCGCGCUCGCGUCCUCCAUCGCGCGCUGGAAGGCGACGGGCGUCCGAGGCGUGUGGCUCAAGAUCCCCGCGAAGCGCGCGGAGCUCGUCGGCGUCGCGGUGCACGACGGCGGAUUCGAAUUUCAUCACGCGGAGAAGACGCACGCGAUGCUGACGCGGUGGCUCCCGACGGAUGAGGACGACCUGUUGCCUCCGAACGCGUCGCAUCAGGUGGGCGUCGGCGCGUUCGUCACGAACGGCGCCGGCGACGUGCUCCUCGUGCAAGAGCGGAGAGGCCCCGCGGCGGCGGCGUCGCGGCCGAACUUUUGGAAACUCCCGACCGGGCUCGUCGACUGCGGCGAGGACAUCCCGUCCGCGGCGAUCCGGGAGGUCAUGGAGGAGACCGGCGUCGCGGUGGAGUUCGAGGCCAUCCUCGGGAUCCGACACGGGCACGACGUCGCGUUCGGAAAGUCGGACCUUUUUUUUCUCGUCGCGUUGAAGUUAGCCGACGGCGCGGAAGACGCGGCGAUCACGAUCCAGGAGCAAGAGCUCGCGGCCGCGGCGUGGAAGCCGCUGAGGGAGAUGACGCACAACCCGCACAUCAUGCCGAACUCGCACAUGGACCACAUGUACGGCCUCUGCGCC